GGAGGCUUGUGGGGUGGAAGUAGGACAGGGUCCGCGCCUGCUCACAGGCUUUUUGUUCCUCCUUCCACCCCCAACACACAGCCCGGACACACAGAGAGACCCCCAGGCCACAUACCUUAUCACUUCCUCCUCUAGAUCAUAGAUCAGAAGUGGGAACAGUUCUAGGGCAGGGCUGUUUGGAUAAGCAGGACUCUUACAGGAGGAAUGCCAAACAAUUCCAUGGCUGGCAGUCUUACCAUGGGGUGGCAAGCAAGGAAGAAGGCGGGGAAAGAUGAGGAAGAAGGCGGGGAAAGACGAAGAAGAAAGCAGGGAAAGAAAUAGAGAAAGAACCAAUCAAGAGAUCACGUCUGUUUUCUCCAGGCUGCAGAGCUCCAAAGCAUGGAAGGCUGUGGUGAGGAGCAGGAGGAGGGUCUUCAAGCCCUGGCAGCUAUUCUCGAAGACAUUGGGGACAGCCGAAAAAGCAGCGAUGCGUCUUCCCUCUCGGAGGAACCCAGCACAUCCGAAGAGGAAGAGGAGCUGGAAGAGCAAGGGGCCUGGGAGCAGGACCAGAAGAAGCUGUUGGAGCUGGAACAGGCCUCCCAGGCCCUGCUGGCCGAGCUGUCCGUCCUGGAGGCCGAGUGCCAGAUUGAGAGGUCCUGCAGGGAGCGGGCCGAGGAGUACGCUGCCCAGGUGAGGCAGGAAAAUACGGAGCUGAAGCGAUUAAGUGUCCUCUUCCUCCCCAGCCUGGGCCCGGAGCCUCUGCCCAUCCCCCAGGAGCAGGGCCUCCCCUCAGAGCCCAGCCUGAGCCCAGAGCAGCAGCACAUCAGAGAUCUUGGGGCGCAGGUGACCGAACUCCUCCGAGAGAAGAAAGAACUGAGCCUUCAGGUGCAAGAGCUCCAGAGGCAGCUGAAGAAGCAGGGAAGUAGGUGGGAAAGGCCUGUAGGGAGGGCUGAAUGUGGCUUAGCCAACAGCUCUGUCUUUCCUGUCUGUCCCCUUGCACUUCUGUCCACAUCUGUCUGUCUUCACCUUCUGUAUCUGUGUCCACCCCCCCCAUGGCUGCCCACAGCUGUCCGGGGCACCGUCCGUGUUGUGUCCGUCCUUCUGUCCUCCACCCUCCACCUGACGCCCGUGGCUGGCUGGGAACGCUCUGGCUCCUGGGCUUGUCCAGGCUCAGGGUCCCCCACCUUGCCCCCCAGAUCCAGAAGGAGCGGCUGGAGCAGCGCUCCCUGCAGGCGUCCGUGGACAGUCUCAAAGAGCGCUGGCGAAGCUGAAGCGGGUGUCCCACCUGGUGCUGCAGGAGUGUGGGGAAGCCUGGCAGCAGCUUCACCUAGAACAGGACCUGCGCCAGCAAGCCGAGAGCUUCGCCCACAAGAUGCUGGUGGAGAAGAAGGAGGCCCACCGGCAGAGCGCCAUCCUCCUGCAGCACCACGCCCCCGGUGCCCAGCUGUCCGCGGCCCUGGAGGAGGCGGCCGCCUUGGGCACAGCCCUGGAGGAGGCAAAGCGCCAGCACGGGGAGCAGGUAGCGUCCUGGGAAGCCGAAGUGGGCCGCCUCCGGCUGCGGCUGAAGGAGGCCGAAGAGAAGAACUCCCAGCUGGAGGCUCUGGUCUGUGCCCUGCAAGAAAGCGUGAAAAGGGCCGGGACCCCGCCCCAGGAGCCAGAGGCUCCGCCUCCUGCCCCACCCCCACCGCCGCCCCCCCUGCCGCCGCCCUCUGCCCCCCCGCUGGAGUGAGUGCCCCCCAAACGCCCCGGAGGGUGAUGGGAGGGACAGGGCUGAGCCCGGGGGGAAGGCGGGAGGGAGGGGAGCCAGAGAAGGGGCGUCAGGUGUGGGGGAGGAAGGAGGAGCCCCUGCUAAGCCCCUCCUGCCCCCCCCCCAGCCCUCUUCAAGCCAUCCGGAUGCGGCGAGCCCCGAACUCCCAACCAGCCCCCGCAGCCCCCUCCCUGGAAGACAAGAAGGCGAAGGCGGUGCAGGAAAUGAUGGACAGGAUCCGUAAGGGAGUCGUGCUGAGACCGGCCGCCAGAAAGGACCCCGGUCAGGACCGAAGCAAGCGCAGGAGUGCUGCCGUCACAGAGCUACAGACCAUGCUGGCUUCCAAAUGCCGGCCCCUACACAGGGGCAGCAGAAGAAAGAAGAGCAGCCGGAAGGACCCUGACGGGCAGCUAGCGGCCAUCCUGCAGAGAAGGCGCCAUCUGCUCGAUUCCACUUUGGGGGGAUCCCAGGAUGUUUCGGGGGCAGGGGACAGAGGCGUGGUCCCCAAGGCUGAGUUUCAAGAUUCCAAGAGUCAGGAUCAACGUAAAGACUGGAGUUCUGGGGACAGACUCGUUCUGAGAGGCACAGCUGGGGCUAAUCCAAGGGGCCUUCCUGGAGCAGGUCAGAUGACCCUUUUACCUGGGCUAAAAAGUCAUCAGGGGACUGAACACCGCUUCAGUGGAGCGCCGCGGGAAUGCCCCCCAGGGCCAGCAGCAGCGGGUCAGGCCUCCUUUGCCUCGGCCCGGGUCAGCUUAAGGACCCCAGCUCCAUCCAAGGCGUCUGUCCUGUGGGGCCAGCCCGAAAACCUAUAAGGAAAUCACAUUUCUUCCCCUAACCCCCUCACCUGACCAGAACGUCCCGGGGAGGAUAUGGCAGGAGAAGAAGGAAACCGAGGAACACCUGGCAACUCUCUGAGGGAGGAGGGAGGAGUAAGACUGAGGAGGAAACUGAGACACCGGAUUGAUCAUUUUCUCCUCAGAAAACAAAGACUUGGACUUCAAAUGUCCCCAAUCUCCUGUCCUCCUCCACUCAAGGGUGAGCUUCGCCACAGUCAAGGACACCGACCUCUCAAUGAUAUAAAAGAAAUAUCAUAUAAACCAUAAGACUCUGAAAACAGAAACAAUGACUGAGAUAUUGCACAUUUUGAGGUGCAGUGUUACUGUUAGUAUUAUCACAGUCCUCAUUCAGUGAAUGCCAUCUGUUACGGAACUCUAGGAUUACAGAAUACAAGCAUUAGAAGGAGUCAGUCACCCCCUUGUCCAAUCCAUGCACAAAAGGAAGUCUUGCUGACAUAUAUAACAAGAGUGGUCCACUUAGAGCGUGGAGACCCCUGAAGUAAAUCAGUCAACAAGCCUUUAUUUUUUUUUUAUUUUUUCUUAUAGCGUUUUAUUGACAAGAUAUGUGCAUGGGUAAUUUUCCAGCAUUGACCCUUACAAAACCAACUUUUCCCCUCCUUCCCCCCACCCACUCCCCCAGAUGGCAGUAGUUCAAUAGACUCAACAAGCCUUUAUUCAAUGUCUUCCAUGUGUUUGGUAUUGCAUUAAAUGCUAGAAUAUAAAGAUCAAAGGGAAAGCAUCCCUGACCUCAGAGAGCUUGUAUGCUACCGGGGAAAGCAACCCGUAUAUACGAAUACAGCCAAAAUAUAGACAGGACACACAAUGUGAAGGUCGCAGAGGAUCUCGGCAGCCAUCCAGUCCAAAUCUGACCUAAGCGCGAAUUCCUGAAAAGCGAUUACUCAGCAUCCACUGUCGGCUCAAUUCAUAAAUCUUUCACGAGCACCUUCUAUACGUCAGGCCCUACGCUAGAGGCCGAACAUGCAGAGACAAAAAAGAAGUGAAAUAAACCAAGAAGUUUACUUUCCACUCUAUCAUCUAUUCUACUCAGAGGGAGAGGGCUUGGUAGAAAAAAGGUCAACAUAAGAGAAACCCUAAUACCAUUAAGUUUGGGGUUGGAAUUUUUUUCUUGCACUUAAUAGUAUUUUAUUUUAUUUUUCAAUUACACGUAACAAUAAUUUUCAGCAUUCA